CGAUGUCCGGGGUCCAACAAGGCUUCUCCCAAAUACAGGCUUCCCAGAUAGAUGCUGCCAAAUGGGACCAAGUCUUCCGGUCACAGGAGCUGUCCCUGCACUCCGCCAACUCAGCGGCGGCGGCACCCGUGGCCACCGAGCGCGCCGAGGCGGCUUCGCGCUCGCACGAGGCGGACGAACUCGCGCGCACCGCCGGCGUCCUCUUGGACACGGUGCAGGGCGAGAUCAACCCGAAGUUCAAGAACAGCGCAUUCAUGGGGUUGAUGCGCCAGUUACGUGAUGGCGAGGUCGUCGUCGACGGGAACGAGUUCGUCCAGCGGGAUGAGGCCGCCCGCGCUCAAGUCUCCACUGAUGCGAAAGGCAAGGGGCGCGCCGCGGACGCCCCAGUACCGACCGGAAAUUCGAUGCAGCUUCCCACGAUGCAGAGACCUUUUGUCGGCGUUUCGAACCAGAGCAUGGCGAACUCUGAUCAGACCGGUGCGGAGAGUACUUGGGUAAGCGAGGACCCGAACGACGCUUACUUCCGGGAAGAGAAUGAAGCGUACAUCGCGAUGCAAGCGGAGGCCAUGUCAAAUUCGCAGCGCGCGGAAGUCAAACCGAACGCUCAAUCUGCGGAGUGGGAUAAGCUGCAGCAGGAUUGGGAGGAUUUCGAGGCUACGGCGACUGGCAUCAAGCCACUGACGAGUUAUCAGUUCCAAUCCAACAACCCCUAUCUUCACGGGGAGGCAUCGCGCACCAGAAACCAUGUCAUUCACGGUGGCAUCCCAGCUACCCUCUAUGAGAGUGUUCUUGAGUUGGAAGCCGCUGUCCAACGUGAUCCCUCCAACGCCACCCGAUGGUACGAGCUCGGCGUUAAGCAGCAGGAGAACGAACGCGAGCAGAAGGCAGUGCGCGCUCUGCGCCGCGCCCUCGAACUGGAUCCCACACACCUGCCGUCCUGGCUCGCGCUGGCCGUUUCGCACACAAACGAGGGCGACCGUGCCGGUGCAUACAACGCGAUCCGGGAAUGGGUUGGGCGCAAUGCGCGCUACGCCGCGGCGGUCGCACAGUUCCGUGCACUCAAUCCAGAGGGUUCGGGCGCCACGCAGAGCGAGAAGCUGACGGACCUGAUGCACUGCUUGAUGAGCAUCGUGCGCGAGAACGCGGGCGGCGAGAUCGAUGCCGACAUCCAGAUCGCGCUUGCUGUGCUGCUCAACACGAACGAGGAGUACGGAAAGGCGCGCGAUUGUUUCACGACUGCGCUAGCGGUGCGACCAGAUGACUGGCUUCUGUACAAUCGGGUGGGCGCGACCCUUGCGAACAGUGGCCACCCCGACGCGGCGCUUCAGUAUUAUUACAGCGCGCUGGAACUGAACCCGUCGUACAUCAGAGCAAGGUUCAACCUUGGAAUCUCAUGUAUCAACUUGAGGCGCUUUGACGAGGCUGCGCAACACAUCCUUGACGCGUUGGUCCUGCAAGACGGGGACAGUGUACACGACCCGGAUGGAAACGAGGACAAGAGGGGUGUUACCUCAUCAGCGCUGUGGGACAGCCUCAAGACAUGCUGCCUACACAUGCAGCGGCUUGACCUCGCGACCCUGUGCGAUCGCAGGGAUUUGGAUGCGUUCCGUCUGAACUUCAGCAUGCAAUAGGUGCUGUCAUAUCGCAGUUAAUAUUUACCCGGAGUUCUUCAUGGAAUAGGUGUCCAACGUUUUCGGCGUAGGUUUCGCGUGCCUGAGCUCCCCGAGCCGUGUCAUCCC